UUCGCUUUCUUUAAUUGUAACAGUGAAAAAAGCAAAAAGCUUAAACCGUUAAUUAUAAGAACGAGAAAAGCUAUUCUUUCUUUCUAUAUUAAAUUAAUUUCUCUUCUCUUUCUCGCUCUCUGUUUAUAGUUCAAUAGUUUUGUGCAUGGGUUAAGAGUAGAGUGUUUAUGUGAUUUUUGUACAUUAAAAGAGAAUAGUAUGACUAGCUCCCUCUAUACGUUUGUCAAAAGCGCAACGAUCACGAAAGAGACAAACAAUCGUAAUAUAUUUUUCCAUGGUUGCAACGUAUAAUGAGUAGAUUAAAAAACAAAUCAUAGAAAGAAAAGAAAUUGAGAGAAUGUCAAAAGAAAAAUUCGCAAUUUUUUGUGAAUGAUUAGAAAUAUAAAUAUUAACCAAUUCUUACGCUUGAGACUUGAAUAAAUUUUUGCGAAGAAUACAUUCAGAUUUAAUGUGUACUUACAAAUAAAUGUAAUGCGAACAUAUUCACAUAAGAUCGUUAAAGUAACUUUCCUAACUAAAAGUGAAAAAGUAUAUUUAUAAUACAAUGAUGUCAUCAAACUAAAAACGGAACCAAAAAUUGUCGAAUUAAAGAUUGAAUCGAAACUUAAGUGAAAGGAUUUGUGGGGUUUGCAUCGAAUAGCUUCAUAUGGUGAAAGGAACUAUGGAGGAUUAUAAGAAAUUUUUUAUUACCAAAUAUCACAACUUAUGCAAUUUAAUGGAUCGUCAAACUGUUGGUACCGAGUUAUUGGUUUACGGCACCGCAACGGCAAUGCUUUUAUUUGCAUACGCAAAACACCGGCCGUUAUAUUUGGUGCGACCAUUUAAGAAACCUUCGCAUAUACCAGAUAAAAUAAUCGAUGCACGUAUUAAGCAUAAGGGACUUGUGCGGGAUGUAAAACAAAGCGGCCAAGAUACUUUAUUAUUAGUGAGCCAUCGUCCCUUAAUAUCGUUGCUUGCAAGCAAAAAUCGUUUAUUGCCCGUAAAGUUGGCUGGUAUUGAAGUCAAUGGCAAUGGAUUUUCUUGGAUACAAGAAUGUUUAAUUGGACGUGAAGCCACUUUUUUACCGUUGAGCAAACAUGACUCUAAUUAUGUAGUUAGUCAACUAUAUUUAGUGCGUCCGCCUAAGGGCCGUUUGGUGGACAUCUCUGAAACUUUACUUAAAUUACGUUUUGCACGUUUUAAGCCAGAUGAGAAGCAAAGUGUUAAGAAAAAUGCUAAAUACUACAAACAUCUGGCCAAAGUUGAAAACCGCACAAAAACUUUUGAGUCAUGGCUAGCCAGUCUUUCUCGUUAUCCUUGGAUUUAUAAAACCUUUUACAAUUUGAAAACUUCAUUGUUGCCUAAAAAAGAGCUUUUACACGAGCUUGUACGUUGAAUAAACAAAGUUAGAAAAAGACUAGGACUGAUCUAUAUGCUUGAAACGG